UUCAGGUUCUGUGCUAUUGGCGAUUUGUUUUGGGCGUCUUUUGUGAGCCAACUUCUUUCGUUUCGGUCUUUCUUGUAUUAAUUAAACGACAUCUAGUCUUGUCGUGUGACGACGAAAUCUUAUUGGCUGUGCUGCAUUGUGUUUAAUCGCUGUUGUCAACCAACCAACUCAAAUCAACUAAAACGCAAAAAAAAAUUUUAACCUUGUUUAUCUGCUAAAUUCAGGAUAAAAAAAUCUUAAACUGAAGCAAUGGACGUGUUCAAAGACCUGAUUACAUGUCAUUUGUGUAGCAACCAAAUGAACGACCCAAGAUGUCUGCCCUGCCUGCAUGCCUUUUGUUUACCUUGUUUACAGAUUUUGUCGUCAAAACAAUGCCAAAACAACAAUGUUACUUCCUCCUCUAAAAUGGGCAUGAGCUACAAGGAUGCCCAUUCCAACAACGCAUUCCAAUGUCCGUCAUGUAAGACGACAUUCGAGGGGCUCGUUAUUGAGGAUCUGCCUCAAGAUUUCAAAGUAGUUCAGAUAAUAGAAAAGCUACAGCAACGGGAAGUAAACGAGAGCCUGAGUUGCUUCGAACAUAAGAAGAAGCUCGAGCUGUUCUGUUGCGCGCCAGGAUGCUUGACAGCAGUUUGCUACAAAUGCUCCAUUACAACUCAUCAGAAUCACGAAGUAGCAGAGUUGCAAGACCACUUUAAAGCCCUGUUGGACCACGUAAUGGCAGCGGAACGCAAAGGACAACAGACUGUGGAUAACUGUAACAUGUUCCGCAACCGGGAACUGAGGCUGAAGACUCUGGGCGAUAAGCUGAAGCAGAUAGUGGAGCACAAAGUGAAGUUCAUGAUUCUACAGGAGAAUCUGAAGACGGGACCAGCCGAUGCGGAAGCUUCUCCUGAGAACGGAACUAUUCAGGUGCUGAACAGACUGCAGCUGCGUCUUUUGGAGGUGAAGCAGAGAAUAAGUCAGGAGGGGGCAACUGGGUUCCUCUCCUCCACUCCCAUGCAGAUGAGAGAGCUACAUGAGUCAGUGGUCAGAGUCAUCACUGACCUCAACAACGAGUGCUAUAACGCACUCACAAAUGUCAGAGCGAAACAAACUUCUGCUGUCGAUUUGGACGCUUUCUCUGAGCUGGUGAAAGAGUUUCUCAGCAAUGGAACAUGUGGAGAAUAUGUUGACACUAGAGCUCCAGUAAACGUGGUUCAAACCGAAAUCCCAUCUUCAGCAGCCGCAGUUGCUGUCGAGUUAUCCCCAGCUGUUUCUCACAAGAGUCUGGACAGUGUCAUGUUCAGCGAAGAUCCUUCUUCAGUCGGUAUGCGAGGAGACGACACAAUUUCAGUCAUCAGUUCGACCGCAGCUGGAAGUGACUUAAUAGCAGCUGCAAUGACGUCAUACUCGCUGGACGAUACGGGUUCGACUUGUUCCUCCAGUAAGGAUUCUCCCAUAAGGCGCCAGAUGCCGAUGUCGACAGUUAUGGGAACAAGCAGUCCAAAUCCUCACAAUUCCGCUCAGAGCACUUACUCAGAUGUGAGAAACAAUGCUCAGGUUAUUCUGCGUUUCCAAGUGGUGAACCCGACCUUCGACAAGUUCACCGACAUCCGUGACUGUGCCCUGUUGGGAGAGGACUUCGCAGUGAUUGACAAGAGGAACGAGUGGAUCAAGUCGUUCGACAUCUCAGUGGGCAGGUACAUUGGGACGAACAAUAAGGGCUUCACCGCCAGUCCAGUGGGAGUGCACACUCUCACUAACAACACUAUGUUACUCGUGGAAGAGAACGAAAGAGCAGCAUGCGAGCUUUACUUCGUCGACAAAGAUCUAAUGGAUAAGAGUCCCUUCGUUCCGGACCUGCCAAUAAACGAGAGAAUCCAUGAUGUUUGCACCUCCCCAACUGGACAGAUAAUCCUAAGUACAAAGAGCAUGAAUGUGUAUGAGCAACAUGCCAUCACUUCCGAGUUCGGCACCAGAAUGUCCAAAUGGAGGGAGACUCGCUUCAACCUCCUCUUCAACGCCAAUUUCAUGAUCAGUCAUAUGGCUGUGUCCGCUACUGGCUUCAUUGCAUUGGGAAAUGCGGAGGAUAACUUGAUCUACUUGUACGAUCGCAAUGGACGACACAAGUGGAAGUUUCCGGUACGAGAGAAUACGAGCUUCAAACGACUGAAGCAGAUCAACUUCGACCUUGCUGGAAAUUUGAUCACUGUAGACAACUACUACCAACAGGUGCAGGUUAUCUCAAGACAAGGAAAACUCAUCCGGGUGCUCCAUGGAAGAGCUCUCCAGUUCGCCAGGCCAAUCUGCGCUGUGCCCAAAGGCGACAACCAGAUUGUUGUGAUGUCCGAAUUUGGAUCUGUAGUUGUCAUCGAGAAAUAUCUGUGAACAGAAAAAGCCACCACGCGAACGGAAAAGGAAAACGUGAAAAAAAAACGAAAGGAUUACGUGGUUGGAAGUGCCGAAAUAAACUGAAGUGAGAAGCGUUGAAUGAAACUUGGCUAUUUAAAAUAUGCUUUAAUUUUUUGUAAGUGCUGCGACUGACUAUUAAUUAACAAAUUGAUAGAUAGAUAAUCGAGUAGUAUUAUGUAAUUUUCUUCUUAAUAAUUAAUUACCUGUAGUUAUUUUUGAUAUCAUUGAUUGGUUCGGUUUCUUUCUGGAAUCGAAGAUAGUUUAAAACUUGCACAGUUUAACAACAAUAUUUGGAUUUGUUUGCAGUUUCGUUAAUUUUGGUGAUUUUUAAAUUCGAUUAGAUUUGUGGAUACGAAUUAUCACGUCUAAAUUUCAUUAGUGGACGUAUUACUCUUUACAACCAAAUAAAUCACCUAGUUUCUUUUUGCUAGUCUAAUCUAACGUGUUUCUACCAAGUCGACCGGAAGAUGAAUAUGAAUAACGUUCGAGUGCGACUCGAUUCAGAGAAGUUAUCAUUGUUUCACAACAUUGGCGCUAAAUUUAGUAUGUAUUUAUUUAUAAUAAAUUUCCUGUUUUAUGGUUUGAUUUGGAUUAUCACUUACUUCAUGAGAAUCUGUUCUGCGAUGUGCUGAUGGAUUUGACUUUUCAGCUUGGUUUUAUAUACUAUUGUGUUUGGUUGUUCAUUUUUGAUAGUUCUUUCUUUAUUUUGCUUUGUUGUAUUUUGAUGCCCGAUAGAACAACAAUGACUUGUCGUCUUCUCCUGCCCCGCCACGAUAAUUCAUUUGAGACUGAUGGUUGGUGUGCGAAACGAAACACCCUGUCAAAGACAAGUCAUUCUCUUGUUACUUGUUAGUGCUCUCAAGAUUAUACUGUUAUAGCAGAGUGUCUUUCUUUCCUUUCCUUUCCUACCCUACUAGUCCCUUUUUGUCAUCCCUACUUUCUCUUUUCUCUGACUUAUUUGACCCCCUUCCCCCUGCCUCUCACUGUCUACUUUCCCCCCUCAUCUCCCCACCUUCCUAACAACACUUGAAUCUUCCAUUCUUGUUGCCCUUCCUUGCCCUCACUUUUCUGUCCAUGUUGAUACAUGUCCGAAAGAACCAACUCCUACCCUCUUAUUUGUGAAAUGGCGAAGCUCGAGAAAUUGAUCACAAUCACCAAUGCCUGCAUAGGCUUUGUAAGGAUUCCAAACAUUGCCAUUUUUCAUCAGAAUUUUUUACUUGUGGGUUUAAGAUUAAGCUAAGUUGGAUUGAAACGUGACUACUGGUAAUUGUUUCUCUGUUAAUUGAAUGCGACUCCCAGUAUCCUCUUUUCGAGCUUCAUCAUAUUUGCUAUCUUGAAUAAUAAUUAAACUAAAGUAAACUAAAUUAACUGCACAUAAUAUUUGAUAAACUUAAUAUUCAUUUUCCUGACUCGUUUUGCUUUUCACUCUGACCCAUAUUUCCUAUUUUUGUUAGAAGUAUACUUUGUUUUCCGGUAUUGCGCUGUCCUAAAAACUGAAUCAAGUCCAUUUAGUUCAAUUAAUUUCAUGAAUAAUAUCUGGUCAAUAGAAAUAAGGUGAUUAGGACACUUCUAUGGUUAAUAUUUUCCUUUGUAUAAAAUGCAAAAGAAAAGUGCUUUUUCAUACUAAGAGAUUUUAUAAAUGCUAUAUAUUUUACCUGCUCUAUAUUUGAAUGUUUUCGAAUGACUCAGAAUUAGAACCAAUUUUGUGAUUAGACCUUCAACUGCCGUUAAAGAGUGCUAAUUUCUAGGCACAUGGUGUGUGCAUUGCUGUUUCGGAGAAUUGUGAUUUGCAAAAUACCGUUUUGAAUAAACUUGACUUUUCCUUAGAUUUUUCUUACUUCCUUCCAAUAUUUGUCCCCUAUAAAGACUUAUGUUAUCGAGAUUGAAAAAUAUUGAUUUUGUUUGGAUCUAAAUGAAAAUUAAAACUUUUCUAUUCGAAA